AUGCCCGAGACAGCCUUGGAGAUGAGCCCAUCGGACAAGAUGGAUGUCUGCGUCAGCCCGCAAAAGUCUUCGUCAGUCGUCCAGUACGACUUUGACAUUUUCGGCGCCUUCGAAGUCACCAGGGUCAUUUCCAACACGCAGAAUGGAAUUAUCUACGAGUCGAAGCGACGCACCAAUGACUCCCAGUUAGUUAUCAAGCAAAUUGCCAAGAAAUCCGUUCGCAACUUCUACCUUAUCCACGGGCAACCAUGCCCCGCCGAGUUCGUUUAUCACUUCACUGCUUCCGCCAAAGAAAAAGCUGCCAAGUCAAUCGUCAGACCACACGAGUGGAUCGAAGGAACCGACUCUUAUAUCAUGGUGAUGGAACGCCACCGCCAGAUGAUUGAUCUUUUCGAAGCCUCGCAAAAGUACCAAAUCUUUCCUGAAAAAUUUGCACGAGUCGUCACUUUGCAAAUUCUUGCGGCAGCCAGGCACUGUCUCAAGGUCGGCAUUCUUCACCGCGACAUCAAGGAUGAAAACGUCUUGGUCGAUCUCAAGACGGGCGAGGCACUCCUGAUCGACUUUGGCUGCGCUUGCGAGGUACGCGAAGAGUACAACUCCUUCUGCGGCACUGCCGAAUACUACCCACCCGAGUGGUACCGCCACGGCCGAUACGCUCCCGGACCAUUGUGCGUCUGGCAGCUCGGCUGCUUGCUCUACAUCCUCCUCACCGGUGCCAUCCCCUUCGAAAAAGAAGACAUCCGCGAGGCCAAACGCGCGACCAAAUAUGAGAAACACCUUUCCUACGAUGCCUUGGAAGCCAUCAACGCGAUGCUCGAGCCUGAAGAGUCAAAGCGCGUCACUCUCGAAAAUCUCGACAAGCUAAGCUUCUUCAAGAGCUGA